CCUCAGCUGACGUGCUCUGUUGUCUUUCGCGUACUUUCACAGUUGCAGCGGUAUAAAUAGAGUAUUUAUCAAAUUUCCUCCAUAAGACCUGAGUUUGCAUUAGUUUUCUGGUCCUGUAAUGAGCUUUUGAUAAUUGUCCUUCAAACAACUAAAUAUGGGUUAGAGGAUGUGCCCUGUUUCUUUUGUUAUCUUAAACUACAAUUGAUCACUAAUGUCUUUACAUUAGUGAUCAAUGUAAAGUCAUUGAUCUUUACAUUGUCUUUACAUGUAAAGACCACACACACACGUGGCCUUUGCAGACACAUUGCUGUGUUACGUAAAACGAUUAUAAAGAAGAGAAAUCCCUCCACUGCUCACUUCAGCCUUCCUUCAGCAGUGUUUUUCACCGAUGUGUUUCUCUUCUACAAAUUUUUUUCCAGCAAACCAUAUUCACAGUUGUUUUUUUCCUCUCACUGCACACAGUCGCCUUUAUGUUGCUAUGAGAACCUGGAGCUAAUUACUAUGAUUUACUGAUGAUGAGAGAGCUGAACAGAGAUUUUGUCAUUACAUUACCACUCACUGCCAGCACCCGGCCGUGGUUUCCAGGGAAACUGGAAAUGUGAAGCUUUUCAAUAGACACAGCCACAGCUUAAAGAGGGAGGAUUGCCUAAGAUAGAUUCUUCUAGAGACAAACCUGUAGCCACUGCAAUCACUUUCAACGGGGGAGAUGCACGGACAGAUGUGGGUCUCCAUCGUCGCUGAGAUUUGCUGUGUUUGACCCAAAUCUGAGACAGAGUUAUGGGGGGACUUCAGUUCGACUUGGACUGCUGAGGCACUUGUACCACUUUAAACGCAGAGACAGAAUGGGAAGUGUAAAGGACGAGAUGAGAGGUCUCAGAGAGGACCACCAGCCUCACGAGAGCACAGACGAUGCAGAGCGUCCGGGUGGCUCAGAUGGCAGCUCUGUGCCCGAGGCACCUCAGACAAACACGAGUCAAGAGUCCACAACCCAAGGGGACCGUCAGCCAAGACUCCACAUGAAUGCCAGCUACUCCGAGGAGGGAGGCAAGAGCCCAAUAUCCAAAGAUCAAGCGCUUUCGGGGGAGAACAGCGACAAUCCGGAUUGUAUGCAAGUUAAAGACUGCACACAGGCUGACACCAGCCCUCUGCCACAACAACCUGAAGCUGAUAAAACAGCAGCAGCUGCACAUAAACACAUGCCAAUCUCUAAUAAGUUCCUGAACAAUGGAGCGGCAGAUGCCGAAGUUCAGAGGGAGACGUCUGAGGAUAAGAGCAUGAGUCCGGACAGAGAAAAGGAGCCUGAAGCUGAGAGCGUCUUGGUGCCUGUGCCAUCAACUUCAGACCCUUCCAACCCACGUUCUCCAGACCCCCGUUCCCCGGCGCCCUUCGGGCUGCACCACAUGCGCACCCAGGUGAGCCUCGAGGUGGUCCAGUGUCGCUCCGCAGCCACGAGCCCCAUGACUCCUCCCGAGGGCGGCCACCCCGUCUUCUUCCCAAGCUCAUUUGGGGGAACCGGAGCCGUGGGUUCUGACACGAAAGACGCCGAGCUACAAGUGGGUCAGCUGUUGGAGUUCUGCUCUGUCGCCACGUCCCCCAUGACUCCAAAGACGCCGUCGGCCACUGCUUUCCCGGAGCUGAUCGGGAGGGAGACGGUGCAGAAGGGGGAGCAAGUGAAGAGGCGUGAGGAGCAGAGGGAGGGUGGCCAGCGAGAGAGUUUCCCCGCGACAAGGAGUCUGGCAGGAGCUGAGUCAGAGACAACUGGAGCUUGGAAAAUGACUGAAGGCUUCAGCUCGAAUGCAUCUUCAGAGAGCUCCGCCGGCUGCCCAGCUGCCGAGGUAAUGGAGCCACAAGUAAGACUGGAGGAUUGUAAUCGGCAGUGUAAGCAGCAGAGGAUGGGAAGUAUGGAUCAGGACAUUACCAUCCUGGUGACGCACUACGGCAACAAUGAGGAGGAAGAGGAAGGGAAUACUGAGCUGUCUUUUUAUUCUGUGGAGCCGGAGAUGGUCAAGAUCGACGAAUUUAAGGAACUCGGUGAAAACAGGAGUGAUGAAAAGAGGCGGGAUGGAAAGGAAAGUCUCCCCACGGAAAACGCUGCUCCUGAUCAGGCACACUACACAAAUCCUCCACAGAACAAAACUGUAGGAUCAUCUGUCCCUGCCAGUCAAUCAGUAACCAACAUAAAAUCCGACAGUUCAGAGGGCGGAGGAGACAAAGAUGCAUGUGAAGAGUCCACUGAUGUGUCCCUGACCAAACCUCACAUCCCUGAAUCUCCAGCUCCGUUCGGUUGCCACAACAUCCGCACGCAGGUAAGCCUGGAGGUGGUGCAGUGUCAGUCAGUGGCUACCAGCCCCAUGACCCCUCCUGACGGGGACCAUGCCUUCUACUUCCCAAGCUCCUAUGGGGGAUGUGGGACUGUGGGUGCAGAGGCCAAAGACGCUGAGCUGCAGGCGGGUCAACAAGUGGAGUUUCGCUCCGUCGCUACAGCGCCCAUGACCCCGAGAACGCCCACCACCACCGCUUUUCCUGAGAUCAAAAGGGAGGCAAGCACAAAAGAGAAGAUAGUGGAGGAGGCAGAGGCCAAAAACGAGCAGGUUGAGGAGGACAAAGAGGAAGUACCCGGAGAUGAGGAGAAAGCCGCUGAAGAGAAAAAAGUGGAAGGGGCCGCAGAAGAGGACGAAACGGAAGCAAUAAAUCUGAAGGAGAAAUGUGAGGAGAAAUGUGAGGAGCCGGUGCAGGAGGUGAGCUGGGACGAGAAAGGGAUGACGUGGGAGGUGUACGGGGCGGUGGUGGAGGUGGCCGUGCUGGGCUCAGUCAUCCAGAAACACCUGGAGAAGCAGGUAAAGAAGCAGAAGAAGCAGCCCUCCAUGCCGCCCCCGCCUCCGCUCAACCUCUCGGCCACACCCCUCCUCGCGGAGCCCGCCCAGGGGGGCUCGGGGCCGGGUAAAUGCCGGGCCGGGAAGAGAGGGGAGCGGGACGGGAAGGUGGGCCGACGCAGAAGGAACCCCUUCCGUCUGCUGAUGGAGAACGUGCAGCAGCCACACUGCUGCUCCAGAGCUCACACCACCGAGUGACACCGAGUGGAGUAAAGCAACAGCUGAGGCGGGAGAGAAAAAGAAAUCUGUGCUGUGAAAUCACAUGACAUCUGAUCCGGCCACACAAGUGGCUGUGAUGCUCUGUGGUUCACUUCAGCGUGACACUGUCGCGAAAGUGUGAGAAGCAAGUCACAUGGGGGGGGGGGGGGCACAAAAGCAUUUAAUACACUGUUUCUAUUGUGGAGCAUUCGUCUCUGAGAAGCUGCCAUUGAAUAUUUUCUUUGUUUCUCUUUUAUUGGAUUUCUCUUUUUCACACAUUUUCUGGGACUUCUCGCUGUGCGGACUGACAGAACAAUGGACUCUAUGUUUGGAAAAUGAGGGUCAUAUAUCAAUGUCUUUCUUAUGCUCUUAUCCUUUCGUGUAUUUCAUUGAGACCUUCCAAUUGCCCACUGAGUCAUUUCCGCUGUUGAUGCCUUUUCUUCUUUUUUUGCACCUCAGACAAUGUGAAGCCAUGGCAACCAGCUAUCCUUCUCCUGGUUGCUAACAAGCCUAACAGCUUCAGCGGAGAGAGAUGACUUUACAGUUACAGUUUUGGUCAUGAUCGACGACCUCCUGGUCUGUCAGCACAUUCUAGGGGUCAUUUUAGUUUGGAUGUGUGGAAAUUUGAAUUGAUCUAAAUGUUGCCUUCUGUGUGUGGGAGGAGUCUCUAACAUUAGUGCAGGCUCUUGUAUGUCUUAUAUUCUGCUUUUAGAUUUGGCACAAUGACUUGUUUGUAUUGUGAAAAGUGUUAAAAUGUACUGACGACAAGCACAAUCAGGAUCAUUUCAGAAGACGACUUGCUUAUUUUAACGCCAUGACGUGAUUCAGUUGUAACUUAGGUGAUGAAACUUGCUUUAAAUGUGUUUUAAUUCAGAGGAUGUGACAGUGUCAGUGUUGGUGAUCAUACGUUCAUUUCAUAAAGGUGGGCUCGAAUCCACGUUUGAAGGAAAUGGUUUUAUUCACGGAUUGCACUUGUAAUACAUUCAUUUAGAUGUCAGUAAACAGUGAAAUUAUCUUUUUCAAUCUGCUGCCUGUAGGACGUCACAAAGUCUCACUGCAUGAGGUGUUAUUUCUAAGUAUCUCAAACCCCAAGCGAACUCUGACAAUGUAAGCGUAGGCCCGCCGUCAUAAAUAAGGAUUAUGCAAUAUUCUUCUGUGUUCCUCUUUUUCUGUUGUUUUUUUCUUUUUCUAGUAGCGUCAGUUCUAACAAGCAAAUUAGCAUUUUGUGUUGACAUAACUUAUGAUACAGUUAAUUUUAAAGCAAACCAAACCGUUUUUAAACCCUUGCUUGAUGUGUGAGCAAAAUAAAGUGAUUCACAUGUGCAACAAA